AGGACAGCUGCUAAGAUGGAGAGGCUUCAGGUUGACAUGGAAACACAUUAUGCUGAGGUGGUUGUAGAAGUGGGAAGCAUCACUUUUGGAGAGGAGUAUAGGAAGAACAUGACCGACAGUCAUUUGAAAAGGACACAGAAUUCUAAAAUCAUCCAAGCCAUAUGUGCACUGUUAAAUUCAGGCGGGGGAAUCAUCAAAGCUGAGAUAGAUAACAGAAGCUACAAUUACCGAUGUGAUGGAUUUGGUCAAGAUUUAGAAACAUCCUUUCAGAAGCUUCUGCCUUUGGCUUCACAGGAGUUCCUUGACUACAUGCAACAAGACCAGAAUUUUUUCAUUUUUGUGAAACCCUGGAUCGUGAAGACUGCUGGCCCUCAACUACGAAUCUGUAGUUUAUCCUCAAAUAUAUUCCAAAGAGAUGUAACUUGCGCUGUCAACCUAACUGCAAGCAGGGCAUUAGAACUUCUGAAGGAGAAACAAUCAAAAAUCCAAAGAGGAAGAGAAAAUCUCCGAGACUGGCAUCCCAAGAAAGUUCUUGUGAGCAAAGUGCAGGAAGAGGAAGAUAUAAGGUUGUUUGCCUCAGAAUUUUUAAAAAAGGACCAGCUUUUGUACAAGGAGAAACUCAAUUUUACUGAGUCAACUCAUGUUGAAUUGAAAAGGUUCACAACCAAGAAGAUUGUGCCUAGGAUAAAAGAGAUGCUGCCCCGUUAUGUUUCUGCAUUUGCAAAUACCAAAGGAGGAUACUUAAUUAUUGGGGUGGAUGAUAAGACCAACGAAGUAUUUGGAUGCAAAAGAGACAGAGUAGACCCCGUCAUACUGGAAAAGGAGAUAGAAUGCUGCAUAAGAAAACUGCCCGUCUUCCAUUUUUGCUCUGUGAAGCCAAACAUCAAUUUCACAACCAAAAUCAUCGAUGUGUAUAAUAAUAAUAGCCUCUAUGGUUAUGUCUGUGUGGUCAAAGUAGAGCCCCUCUGCUGUGUUGUCUUUGCAGAAGCCCCAGGUUCCUGGGUCAUGAGAGAUAACUUUGUUGAAAGACUGAAAGCUGAGGAAUGGGUGUCCAGAUUAAUGGAUAUUCAACCAGCUCAUUCCAGUUUGGCUCUGGACAAUGACCAGUCAGCGACUAAUCCACUCUGCAGAUCAGCAUGUUCAGAACGAGCCCAGCUCCAUAAGAGGACGCUGCAGCAAAGUUUGCUUUCAGUAACCCCACAGGAGAUAGGAUUCAAGCCACAGUCCCUCUGCAAGGAGCUGUUCUUGGAGUAUGAUGGACUAGAGAAGCUAAUGAGGAAGAAGACCCAUCAUUUUUCUCAGGGGAUCCUGCUAUUUUCAAGGAGCUGGGCUUCUGACAUUGGCUUAAGGAAGGAUGAUGGAGUCCUGUGUGAUGCUCUCCUUGUCGCAGUCAAUAGUCCCCCCAUACUUUAUACUAUAGUCUGGGGACCUGCUAAGAUGGAUGCACUUGAAUAUUGCAGACUUACUGCUCUUGGGCUAAAGCAGAAACUUGCCAAUGUGGGGUGUUACACUGGAAAAGUGUGCAUCAUUCCGCAGCUGUUGCACCUGCCUGGCCCUCAGUGUGGGAUCAUUCAAGUACAGUACCCCCAAUCCUAUGUCCUAGCUACAGAAUAUGAAUUGGAAGACUUGCUGCAAUCACUUGUUAUAGUCUUGCUGUGCUUUACCUCUCUUUUAAGUGACCAGCUCGGAUGCCAAUUUUUGAACCUGCUUGCAGCUGACCAGUCUAAGCUGCUUUCACAAAGCCUCCAGGAAACCAGGGAGUUAUUUAUCCUUUGCCUGCCAGGAACCCGGAAAACUGCCAUAGUCAUCAAAAUCCUGGAAGAGAUUAGGAGCGUGUUUCACUGUGAAACAAAAGAAAUUCUCUACCUUUGUGAAAACGACUCCCUAAGAGAAUUUGUAAGUCAGCAAAGUAGUUGCCAAGCUGAGACCCGGAAAACUUUCAUGAGAAGAGAGUUUCCAAAGAUUAAACACAUAAUAAUAGAUGAAGCUCAGAAUUUCUGCAAUGAUGAUGGAGAUUGGUACGCAAAAGCUAAGAACAUCAGCCAUCCAAAAGAUGAGGAGGCUGGAAGGAAGAACCCCCACCGAGGGAUUCUGUGGCUCUUUGUAGACUCUUUUCAAGCGAGUCGUGUGGGAGACAGUGGCCUUCCACUUUCACUAAUGCAAUAUCCAAGAAAAAACCUCACUCGAGAGCUCUAUAACGCUCUAGAAAUAGCGAUGGUUAUGAAACAAGAAAUGAAGAAGAUCAAAGAAAACCAACCUGGACACAUGCCUCCUGAGUCAUUGGCAUUAUUUAGGGAAGAUCUAUAUGAGGAGGCUAUCCAUGCUUACACUCUACCUGGAGUAUGUGAAAAAGAAAGAGAUCUGACGGAGGCAGAACUGGCAAAUUAUGUGGCAAGAAGAUGUCAGAGUCUCUUCCAAAAUGGCUAUUCUCCUAAAGAUAUUGCUAUUUUGUACAGUAGGGGUCAGGACCGAGAACGCUAUGAGCUUAUUCUUCAAACAAUGAUAAAAUCGAUCAGGACCCAUAGGACAGUAGAAGUUGGAUUCAGCAGGGCAUCUGGUGUUUUAGGUAGCUCUAUCAUUCUAGACAGUAUUCAACAGUUUUCAGGCCUGGAGAGAAAUAUUGUGUUUGGUCUCAUUCCAUCCUGUUCUGGGCCUGAGGUUCCCGAAAAUCUCUUGCUCUGCUUUGCAUCCAAAGCUGUUAAGCACCUAUAUCUGCUAUAUGAAAAGAGAAAGGACCUGUGA